GGUUGCAGUCGAUCGCACGCGGGAGAUCAACGGUGUGGGCUAUGGCUCGGUGCGCGCUGUGCCUGGCAACGAGGAUCGAAUGAUCUUUCUGCACUCCAACGCCAUGUCGAGCAUAGGCACAGCCAAGACAAUCUAUCCUACGAAAUGGAAUCUGCCGGGAGGGGGCAACGAU